AUGGAUCAUUACCAGCAUAAAUCUGGUGCUCAAAAAAGAAAAGAAAAGAUUGCUCGAGAAAAAUCAGCCAAGAAGGGUCAAAGUACGAUUGAGUCUUUUGAAUUUAUAAAUUGUAAUCGUAUUGAUGGUGUUUAUGAGGAUCAGAUGUGCAAGAUGAAGUCACAACUCUCAAAUGUUGAAGUAGAGAUAGUGCCAAUUGAGGAAGAUGAAUUGUUAAAUAGGAAAGUUAUGAGUGCUGAUGUGAAAGAGAAUGUAAUAGACGAAAAUGAAAAUAUUCUUCCAAAGACAUCAACUGCAAGGCUAGAAGAAUUACAAGACAAGGCAGAUGAUGUCCAACUAGUUCCAUCAAAUAACUAUGAUAUUGGUUUAGUUAAGGAAUUAUUUUGCACUGCUGAACAAAUAGAAAAAUUUGUUCAUCAUGGACCCAUUGCUCACCCAACAAAAUUUCCAAAAGAUGCAUUGCCUAAAUCAUUUCCGCGCACGUUAUUUCACAUGCCUAAUGGCGAAAAAAUUCCACGAGAUUGGCUAACGUGGAAAGUGGAAAGAUGGAGGCAAAUACUUCGUAGAGUAUUAGAUGUUAUCUUGUUUUUGGGUGAAAGAGGUCUUGCAUUUAGAGGCGAUAGUCAUCUAAUUGGUGACCCUAAAAAUUUUUUGGGAAUUAUGGAACUCAUUGGUCAUUACGAUUCCAUUCUACAUAAUCAUCUCGAAAAAGUAAAAGCUUCUCAACAGAGCCAUAAGCGAAUGCAAGCACAUUAUUUGUCAAAUGAUAUCCAGAAUGAGUUUAUUCAGUGCUGUGCAGAUAAAGUCACAGAUGUGAUAUUAGAUGAGAGGGAGAAAUGCAAAUAUUUUUCAAUGAUUGUGGAUGCAACGCCUGAUACAGCUCAUAUUGAGCAAAAUGUUUUUAUUUUAAGAUACGUCUUACAGGACAAAUUGACAGGAAAAUAUGAGGUAAAAGAGAGAUUUCUGGAAUUUGUAGAUUGCAAUAAAAAAACUGGUGAAGAUAUUGCAAAUAUAAUUACUUCUACUCUUCAGAAACAUAAAAUACCACUGAUGUGCUGUCGUGGACAAGGAUACGACAAUGGGAGUAAUAUGAAAGGUUCAGUCAAGGGAGCACAAGCUCAAAUUCUUCAACAUUAUCCACUUGCUACUUACUCUCCCUGUGCUUGUCAUAGUCUGAAUUUAUGCGGUGCACAAGCUGCUGAAUGUUGUCCUCAAGUGAUAACUUUCUUUGGGAUAGUGCAAAAACUGUAUAACAUAUUUAGUAGCAGUCCUCAAAGAUGGGAAAUUUUAAAAAAAUAUAUUGGUUCGUCUCUUCAUAGCAUGUCCCAAACUUAA